CGCUGACCCCGGAAGCGGCGCGGAGGAGGAUGCUGACGCUGGCCUGAAGAUGGCGGCCCGCGGCGCCGUGCCCGCGCCGGGCUGGGCCGCGCUGGGGCUGGGGUUGGGGCUGGCGCUGCUGUGCGCGGGCCCGGCGGCUGCCCGCGUCCAUCACCUCACCCUCAGGGAUGAUGUGAGGCAGAAAGUGCACCUGAACACCUUUGGCUUCUUCAAGGAUGGUUUCAUGAAAGUCAAUGUCAGCAACCUUUCGUUGAAGCCACCCAUGAGUGCUGAUUUGGGCUCUGAAGUGGGGUUCAGUUUGGAUCGAACAAGGAACGAUGGGUUCUCCACUUACCUGGAUGAAGAAUUGGAUUACUGUAUUCUGAGAAAGAAACCAGAGCAAGACGUGUCUAUUGUAAUCUUACUUCUGGACUUCACAAAUGAAGUUGUGAAAGUACGGUUCUCCGCAGAAGCUUCUUCUCUGUUACCUAAAAUUUCAUUCAUGUCUGAGGAAAAUGCUACUGCCACGAUCACCAAGCCAACAAAAACGUCAGAACAAAAUGCUGAUUCUGGUAAAAGUCUGGAGGAGACUGAACAAAAUACAGGCAGCAAAGAUAAGAAGUCCAAACGAAGUACAACAACCUCUCAGAGCAUAAUAGAACAAAAGCAUCAUGUUCGCAACGACGGAGGAACUCUCUCAUUUCAGUUUUUUUUUAACAUCAGCUCUGAUAACCAAGAAGGUCUCUACAGCCUGUAUUUCCAUAAAUGCGCUGGUGAAAAGGGGACGCCUAAUAAUAAUCAGCAGCUAUUUAGUCUUGAUAUAGAAAUUACGGAAAAGAAUCCUGAAAGCUACCUCUCAGCGGGUGAGAUUCCACUGCCAAAACUGUACAUUUCCAUGGCACUCUUCUUUUUCCUGUCCGGGACUGUGUGGAUCCACAUACUUCGUAAACGCAGAAAUGAUGUCUUUAAGAUUCACUGGCUAAUGGCAGCCCUCCCUUUCACAAAAUCUCUGUCCUUGGUCUUCCAUGCAAUCGACUACCACUACAUUUCUUCUCAGGGAUUUCCUAUUGAAGGCUGGGCUGUUGUCUAUUACAUCACUCACCUACUGAAAGGUGCUCUUCUGUUCAUCACUAUUGCCCUCAUUGGAACUGGCUGGGCUUUCAUUAAACACAUCCUUUCAGAUAAAGACAAAAAAAUAUUCAUGAUUGUCAUCCCGCUUCAGGUGCUGGCAAACGUGGCAUACAUUAUCAUAGAGUCGACAGAAGAGGGAACAACUGAGUAUGGGCUGUGGAAAGAAAUCCUCUUCCUGGUAGACCUGCUGUGUUGCGGUGCCAUCCUAUUUCCAGUGGUGUGGUCAAUAAGACAUUUACAGGAGGCUUCAGCAACAGAUGGGAAAGCUGCCAUUAACCUAGCAAAGCUGAAGCUCUUCAGACAUUACUAUGUUAUGAUUGUGUGUUACAUUUACUUCACACGGAUCAUUGCAAUUCUCAUAAAGAUUGCUGUUCCAUUCCAGUGGAAGUGGCUGUACCAGCUGCUGGAUGAAAUGGCCACACUUGUGUUCUUUGUCCUCACUGGGUACAAGUUCCGUCCAGCAUCAGACAACCCAUAUCUACAGCUUUCUCAAGACGAUGAGGAUGAUUUGGAGAUGGAAGCUGUGGUGACGACUUCUGGAGUAAUGGAGGGCAUGAAGAAGGUCAAGAAAGUGGUGAAUGGUUCAGCAGAGCCGCGGGGCGAGUGGGAAAACAUGGCAUGAUGAACUGGACUAAGGCAGCACUUUUGCAGAAACUUUUUUUAAUUUAUUAAUAUUAUUCAGUGGAAAGGGAGCAACUAGCACUUCCCAACACUGAAACUGCAGAGUGGGGUGUGCCUAGGGGGAGCAAAGCAGUGCAGAAAUCUAACUAUUCCUCUGAUCGUAAGGAAAUGGGAUCUCUUGGUACCUGCAAGGAGUGUGAAGCUUUCCUAGGGAUUUGGGGUAGCUUAUUCUUUUUUCCCCUUUCUGGAUCAGUUAGGUAUUCUGAAUUGUUUGCAGUUGCGUUCUUCAGAAUGUGUAAUUUUAACACAAAGAGAGAUCUUUAGUGUGUAUGUAAAGUAUAUAUUUUAUAUAAUGUGCAUAUAUAUAUACACACGCUACGUAACGUAUGCUGGGAAAUGCAAAGUAUCACAGAAGGUGGGGAAAAGAAGAAAAGAGGUGUAAGUAUUAUUAUUUUUUUUAAACUCUUCUUUUGGCUUGGACAAAAUAUAGCAAAACAAAUGAGUAGAAAAAACUGCAGUUAUUAUACCGACUAAAUGGGGGAUUGGAUCAGAUGAAUUCCACCAGUGCUUACAUCGGUGGGAACACUGAGAAGUGUUUUCUCUUAUUCCUGCAGGUUUCCACUUGAACACUUCAGGUUCUCAAACGUAUUGGUGUAUAGAAAGCAAGCAACUGGUUUCAUUAAAAACACCAGCCUGUAGCCCAACAAGCAUUAAUGUAAAUUCUCCACUGUUAAUUGGGUUGCUCUUGAUUCGUGCCCACCUGACAAGGACACGAGAGGUGUGGGACUUGGGCUUACUUUUUAGGGGUCUGCCAUGCAGUCUUAAACGUUGAAUUUUAUGCUGUGACCAAAAGUACUUGGAUCUGCGUUCUAAAAUAUUUUCAAGGUAUUUCAAAAGCCACUCCUUCCUGGCACCGUGUAAGCAGUGCCAGGAUCUCCAGCAGAAAUCUGUCCAGCAAACGUACUGUAGCAUGAAUCUCUGGCUCACUGUUAUCCUGAGUUGCUUCGCCUCUCUGGAUGGCGACUUGUACCUCUCUGGCUAUGUAGUGAUAGAGCUAUUGAAGGUGAGCUGAACCGGUCAAAACGGUAUUGCUGUGAAAACCAGGCAAGUGCAACUCCCAGUCAUAAAUGUGGUUUUCCUCAGGAAAGGAGAGGGUUAUGGCCAGAACGUUCAAAGCCUGGGAGUACAGAAGUCUUCUCUAUCAGCUGCAAAUCUGCAGUGGAAUCUGAACUUAGAGACACGAUACAAAUGCAGUGUGUUAUCUCUAGUGCUCUGGGUAUCGCUAGAAAGGCGAGUCGGUGCCUGUAGCUGUAGCAGUAGGGCAUAGGAAUGAGUUGUUAAUUUGUGGGAGGACAGAAGUGGUUCACGGAUGUAACGGGAAUAAGCUUUAAGAAAAAUAAAUCAAGUAUAACUCAUUGACCUAAUGAAGCCUUAAUCUUCACGUGGAGGUAUUAGACAUACAGGGACAGGCAUCAUCACAGAGCUUCAGAUGUGCCAAGAUGUCUAAGAAACAUUUUUAGAUUUUUUUUUUUUUUUGACUGAGGGGACUGCAUCUCUGGGGCACAGCUGAUUAAAGGACUACAGCAAGCUUUUUUCAUUCCUUAAGUUUAGAAGCGGGUGAGGUUUUUUUUGUAUGGCAGGGUUGUUUUUUGUUUGAAACGUUGAACCACUUUCUCAGUCUUGAACACGGUUUGCAGAGCUCUUAACAAGCGAGCACUCUGUACCAAGACUUGCUGUUUGAAGAGCAGCGUUGUUUUCUCCAGUUGCAGCUUCUUUUCCCUGGUAUUGAUUCUAUUCAUCAUCAAAUUCUUAGAAAUGAAUCUACCUGCUUUGAUACCCGGAGCUGGUUUUUCUUCAGAUAAAGCAAAAGAAUAACCCUCCUAUCUUGGUGCAGAGUCCUCUUCUAUAUUUUUCUCCUCGGCUGUAACUGCACAGUAAUUGCAGCAGUGCUGGUUUGGCUUUUGCUGUCGCUGUCUUAGGAAGAUAAAGUUUUAGUGAAAACAGAGGCUACACCGCUAGAAAGGCUCAUACAUCAUGUAACACCCUUUUAGACCUGCAGUAGAAGAAAUUCUUUUGCAUAUUAAGUAGCUGAGGUGUGAGAAAUUAAAUCUAUAAACAAACGUAGGCAGCCCCAGCACAUCAUACAGCUAAAUACAACAGCUGAAAAAGCAAUCCUCUCCUCUGCAGUUAUUCUGUCCCUGGGGAAGUGUCACUAUUUGCUCCCAAAGGGCUACUCAAACAGGCUGUAAAUUUUGCCCGGAGUAGCCCAGGAGACCUGAAGUCUGUCAGCACUGAGGUAUGGGAGGAUUUGCUGUCAGGAACAGAAGUGCAAUAACACAUUGUUAAUCCAGACACGAUGCUGUCUUAGAACCUCCUAAUGCCUUUUGUGAAUGGAAUGGGGAAUUCUGAUGGGUGUGAUUUGCUCCAAAACACCGGCGGCUGUGUUGGGGUCCCAGCGUGGGCCGAGCUGGUUCCAAACAGCUGCCGGUUCCGUACCUCAGCAUCAGUGAAGCCGCUGAUAGGACAAAUGCUUUUACCUUAGUCUCAGGUUUCUUUAUGUGCACUUUUCUGCUAACGUUGCAUAAAGUGUAGUGGUGUCUGCCAAGACCCUGCCUUCCUAGUCAGAGGCCAAGAAAUGGGUGACUGUCUUGGCAUGAAAAGCUACGGUAGGGCUCUGCAAGUGCUCUCAGAAGAGCUGUUUCUGAGCUCCAGCAACCCGCUGCACAACCAACUUCAGCUGGUACUUGAUGCAGGGCGCUAGCCAGCAGUGCAACAGUGACUUGCCAGACCUAUGCAUUAAUAAAGAAAUGUGGAUAUACAAGUUAAAAAGGUAUAUUUUCCUACUGCAGCCAUGUCCAAAGUGAAUUUCCACUUUAUAGCGUAGAAAUCCUCAGAGCAGGCUGAAAAAUUUGCCCUGUGCGGUUGCACGUUGGAUCGGACAGCAUCUGGGAUGUCGAAGGAUGGAGAGGGUGGCUGCAGCCGAGCUUCGUGCACAGCUCGGUGUGUGCUGUGCCACGCAGCAUCGACGGGAGGACCGCUCCCUUCCUCCCGAGGCAAACCUACAUCUGCACGAGCGGCAAGUGCACGACUGCUGCUGGUGGAGAGCAGCAGCUCACCGAGCGGGAUAAUCGCGGUGGCUGCCUUUCCCAUGCUGACUGCUGUCGCUCUGCUAGGAAGACAGACUUUCUUUCACAGGGAGGGAGAGUAGAAGAGCUGCUUGUGGCUGUGCAGAUCAUUCUGGGAUGCGGCCUUACUUUCUUGUCUGCCUCCUACAGAAGCGAGCAGCCAAAACAAUCCCUGAGUAGACGGCAGCAUGGCUGAGAGGAGCCCAGGGAAGGGAGGUCUGGCGCAGCGCUGAGUAACUGGCCGUGAGUGCGUUCACAUAUGUUGCUGCUGUGGAGUGCUCGGCACCCUCUGCAGAGAAAAAAGAUUGGCUCCUUCUCCAAUUGUAAUGCAGCUUAUGCCCCAAUAAAUCCCUAUUGAUGAUGGCAUACAAACGCCACUGACGGACUCCUUACUGCUGUGACUGUUCAGCAAGCUGUCUUCCAUAGGAAACCUUGCAGUGCAGCUGCCAGGCUCUUGCAUUCUUCAGACCUGAAAAUAUUUUCCUUGAUGGUUCAUCAAGAGACACAUUAAAAGAUAGGAAGACAUAAUGGGGUCAUCUGGAACGUCGCUGCUGCUUCCUCAAAACGUAGCAGUCGUAGCUGAAGGAGCCACAUGCUGUCCUAUUAAGAUGCUCUUUAAUGUUGUCAUCUAACUCAGCAUGUCGUGAUCCGCGCAGUGCAUUGUUCGCUGUUUCUCUCCAUCUGACUGCCCCUGUCCCUGGAUUUCCAUGCUGGCAUACCCCGGGAGCAUGUUGUAAAAAUUUGCUGCAUUGCAGUAUUUUGUCCUCGAGCUAGGAAGGUAGGAGGUGUAUUUUUUUUCUAAACUAGGUGGACUCUGUAGCCUGAGCCCGCAUCCACCAAAUGUCAAGCGCUGUAACGUUCCUGCUGGCCGCGAAAGGGCACGUCCUAACCACUCCAGUGUGCACACCUGGUGGAAGUCCAAUGGAAGGCUUUUAAUGUGUUAACUCUUCUUUUUCCUCACGGUACUCUUCUCGUAAAGAGGAGAAAUGCAGGCUGAACCGUGGCGAUCAAAUGGACAAAGCAUGUGUCUAUUUGAAGAUUGCCUGGCUGCAUUAGAAGCAAAUACUGGGUAUUUGUAGGUUCUGUUGAGCUCUAUGAGAACUGAAGUUGCUUAGCUCUUACAAAAUCAGGUAAAAGCGCAGGUAUUGAAGGAAACGCUCCUUCAGUCUGCCUCGUUUGUCUCCUUCAGUUUGACCUGUAACAAUAGCUAACAGACUGCUGUUACCGAACGUUGUAUUGAUUCUGCAUUGUGACCUCCAUUUCAAUCAUAAGCUGUUUCCCCAUCCUUCACUUCUGUAAAAAGCACGGAGACGCGGUCUGCAGUAGGGGGACGGCACAGUGAUUUGUGAAACGUAACUGGACGUCUGCUGCCGAAAAGCUGUGACCCUGUGACUUCAGCAACCCGAAUGUCUCACGAAAGCCGAGGCGAUGGACCCCAGAGGUGCUUGACCGAUGUUCCCGUGUUCCCUGGGGUUGAUUGCUAAAUCAGUUUAAUCUGGCUUUUCUUGUAGCUGCUGGUUAUGAUGCUGUUAGGCUUAUUAAUCACUUAGUAAUAUAGAGAGCUGUGCCCCCCCCCCCCCCCCGUGUAGUUCGCUUGGAAAUAGCAAUGAUCCUGUAAGAACUCCGCAUGAUGUGUACUCACAAGUGGCUGGAGCAGGGUUUAAGAAAAGUACUGAGAUGCUACACUUGGUGGAAGUGAUGGUACAAGAAGAAGGUGGCCGAGGAAAAGAGUCACUCCUUGUAGGUUGACUGGUUGAAGAACCCAUUUAUGUGUUGACUGCAGCAAUCCUGUAGAAAGGACAAUUCUUAAUAAAUAUUUUCCUGUGGGAUUUCACUUGGUGUUCUGCUGUCUGUGUAAUAAAGUAGAGCCUGACCUCCACGUUGUCCGAAGCACUCCCUCUUGUAGCUAGGACACUGGCGUGCUGGGCUGGUACCUGCUCCAUCAAAACAGAGGAUGGGUCUAAAUGGCCUCCCUUUCCCUUCAGUACCUAUUAAUAAUUAAUUCCAGAUCUUGUAUCAUUAAGCAGCUUUAGGGCACCUUGUACAACGUAGCUCUGAAUUCAUUUAGGAAAUGAUCUCCAAAAGAGCUCAGACUCCUGUACAGCAAGGUCCUCUUUCAGGGUUUUUGGUGACCAGUAACUAUCCUGUUCUUCAGUUCAUCUUUGGAUGUGUAAGUAACUUUUUUCAGUAUUUUUUUUUAAGCUUUAUUAAAAGAACAGCAAACAGUAUUUGAAGAGAAGCAAGACAGAUAUAAAUCAGGAUGGUCUGUGCAACGUGGCUUCCCUGCUGUGAUUCGAAUGUAUAAAAUAAAGAUUGAAUGACUAGAAA